GUUUGUUGUUUUGUUUUUGGAAUCCUCCUGACAUUUAGCUGUCAAAAUUAUACUAAUAUACCAUUUUUUAGUUUUGACACAAAUCCUUUUUAAAAAUAAAAUUACUACAGCAAAAUGCUAAAUUAUUAUCGAUAACGACAAUACAAAAGUAAAAAACACAUUUUUUAAUCAACAAAUAACUGCAAAGACCUCCGUACAGUAAAACAAUUUAGUGCUAUGGUUGAGGAAACAACACAAAGCAGCCGGCCGCGCAUGAAGACCGCACGACCCAAGUCGGUGUGUCUAUGGUCGGUAACCGAUGUAAGGAAAUGGUAUAUGCGGCACUGUGGGGAGUAUCCACAAUAUCUGGAGCUCUUUUCAAAGCACGAAAUUACCGGCCGGGCUCUACUUCGCAUCAAUGAUUAUUCACUGCAAAGGAUGGGCAUCAGUGACAGCGCCGAUCGUGAGGCAAUUUUCCGUGAGAUAUUAAAACAACGACUCAAAACUGAUAUUAUGGAAAUACGUGAUAUGGAACGUGAGAUCAAUACUUACUACAAUACAAGAUAAACAAACAGGUCAAACAGUAUAUUAGGGAAAUCUUAGGUAAAUUAAGUGAAAAACGCAGAGCUAUGCACAAUUUUAAGACAAAAACAUUUUGAUACAUCAUCAUACUUACGUACAUCAAAUGAAGCUGACUUUACAGCAAAUCCAAACGCACACCAAUUUUCGGCUAAGACAAUUGCAAUUCAGCAAUGUUGUAUGUACGUAAACAAUUGUCUGAUUAGCGUCUAACAUAUUUUAGUAGUCAAAUGUUAGUGAAAAACAAUAAUUAUAGACUAUAUAGAAUAAUUAUAUUGCUUAUAAAGUUUAUUGUUUCUUUAACGAUGAUCUAAAUUGUUAAAAUAGUAGAACUGUUUUGUUUAGUUUUUAAACGCUUGUCUAUGCGCAAGUUUUAUUUUGUAUUGCUAUAAUACAA